AUGAGUCAACCAUCAGCGGGAAAGAUACCCUUCUCAUGGGAAAGAAAGCCUGGUAUCUCCAAGGUAACUAUAGCUGAAAGUUUCCAAAGAGAACACAAAUUUGUGCCCAGGCUGCAACCCCCUCCGUGCACAACAGAAGCUGCUAGGAAUUCUGUUCGUGAUUUCCAAAUUCCACUUCCUCCUUGCGCUUUUCAGCCUCCUUAUUAUGGAAUGCCUUCCAAGAAAGACCUGAACUGGAUGCAAGACCAUGAUCCUUUUUUUGCUGCUUACAAAGAAUGCACCAAGAGUACCAAAAGCGCUGAGAGGAACAAUAAGUUACUGAAAAAUGGUAUCGAGACCAAGUUACGGAAUAGCAUGUUUUUUUUCUCUUGCAAGCGAUCCUGCGCUGUUCGUGACAAUAAUUUUGUCAGGAUCACUUACUUACCACACAACCUAGAUAAAGAUUGA